AGGGGUGUGGAAAGGGUAGAAAGGAGAGGACCACCUAGAGGGGUAUAAUGUAGUGUGGUGAGGCUGCUCCAAGGCUGCAACUGAGAUCUGAUUUAGAGGAACAGGCAAAAACAAGAGGAUUUGAAAAUGGCAUACCUCCUUAUGUUUGUGACCCUGCUGCAUCUCAUCACACUAGCAAUGCUGUUUAUUGCAACCAUGGAGAAGUCCUGGUGGGUGUGGGAUGGCAUGGAGAACUCAGACCUGUGGUACAACUGUAGGUUUGACAACUUUACAGGGACCUGGUUGUGUGCAUCCUCUAAAGAAACAGAGUGGCUUAAGGCAGUGCAGGUCCUGAUGGUUCUCUCAGUGGUCUUCUCCUCUGUCUCCUUCUUGGUGUUCCUGGGUCAGCUGUUCACCAUGUCUAAGGGUGGUCUCUUCUACUUCACUGGGCUCUGUCAGAUAUUUGCAGGCUUGACUGCCCUCUCAGGAGCUCUCAUCUAUACACUACACAAUACAGAAAUCCUUCAGGACUCAAGGGAACUGACUGCAGGACACUUUGGCUACUGCUUUAUCCUGGCCUGGGUGUGUGUCCCCUUGUUGCUGUGUAGUGGCCUCAUAUACGUCCACCUGCGUAAGAAGGAGUGACCAUAAACACCUACACUCAGAAGCAAGGCCACCCAUAAGGAGGGAUAAAGGGGAAAGCUUUCUGGGGCACAGCCACAUUUGAGGGCCCAUGAAGGUUGGCAAAAUCAUGGUCCAUCCUAAAUUCAAGCAUUGAUAACCAAGUUUUGACAAAACUAAUCAAAAUUACAUAUUAAAGCAACAAAAAUGAGUGGUUUUCCUUUUUGUCUUUUUUAAUAUCAAUAUCCUGGGCUGUCCUAACUUAACAAUCAGGUAAUUUCAUUUUGAAAUUUGUUCAGCCUUCUCAGGGAUACUGGAAAAGACAGGACAAGGAAAGGAGGUGCAGAUGACCCCAACAAUGACUUGCAAGCUAGCUUUUUUCACUUGGCUUCAAAGUUGAUCUGAGCCUGGCUUUGGGGGCACAUGUAGGGCUAGGGCUUGUGUUACUCUCUGGAUCUUUGCUUAGAUUUUCUACAGACAACCCUUUAUAGAAGACCUCACAGCUGACAAUGCAUAUCAGAGCAAAAACUGGGGUAAUAGAAGAGUGGUACCCAGCUCUUCAUGGAUUCCCACUGUCUUAGGAAUUUUCAGUGCAGCAGAAUUUUUUGUAGCCUUUCCCUGAUCUGUGCCUUGCAAUAAUCCUGUCUCUGAGCUCUGCAGGCAGUUCUUCUAAACCCCAUGGCUUGGUUUAUUCUCUGAUAUGCAGAGAGUUGUGUGACUUUCUUUAAAGGGACAUAUGUCUUUCCAAAUUAUGUCCAACCAAUGUAAUUUUAAACAGGUGGACUCCAAUCAAGGUGUACACACAUCUCAGAAAAGACCCAGAG